UGGUGGGGACUCAGGGACGAUAUGCCAGAAACUCUGGGAAAGAGUACGCCCGAGCCUACCGGCUCAACUACAGCAGAGAUGGUCUGCUGUGGAAGUCCUGGAGGAACCGCCUGGGAAACCCAGUGAGUGGUGACGUGGUCGGAGUGGAGCAGUGAGGGACAGACAAUGAAGCAGGAAACCAGAAAGAAUGGAUGAGAGCAUGUAGAGGAAAGAUGUGAUGGAGCGAUAGAACAAAAUGAUGGAGAGAAGACUGGGAGAAAGAGGAAGGGAAGGAAAAAAGAAAAUACUGCUUCAGGUUAUUUCACACACAUGAAAGGAAAUGGCACUCAAACCAGCUUCCUGUCAGCCUUCGAGGUCCCUGGCUGUCAUGGAAACGCCACUUGGACGCAAUUUAAACAGAUUUCCAACAGCCUUUUAAAACAUGAAAGCUUGUUGGACAUAGCCCGGAAGUGCCAAUUAAGGCUGCGUUUGGGUGUGUAUCUGCGUCAUUACCUCGUCUAUGAAGCCUUGAAAGUUAAUAACAAUCAGUUCAGCCGCUGCUGAGAGCGCAGGGUUUGAUUGUUUUCCUGAGCUCUACGAAGCGGAACGGCACUUCCGUUGACUAGUUACGUCACUGUAGAAUAUCACCACCCCUCUAAACAGCAGAGCCUCCUAGUCCGGGCACAUCCGGUGACGUACUUUCAACCGUAGAAGAAGAAGAACUACGCCGGUUGUAGCUGCUGAGCGUAUCGGUUGUACAGAUCCCCAUGGUAAAAAAAUAAUAAUAAUUGUGCCCGCUAUAAUGUGCACACAGAAUACUAUUUCGUGGCCAGGAAGUAGGUAUAAUGUGCGCACAAAAUACUAAUUAAUAAAUCAUCAUUCCUGGACAGUUGGGUAAGCAAAUCGAGCACACCUCCUCUAAGGUGGACACGAUGGACAGCGAUAGUGUGAUAGAGUUUUAUUUUAGGCUGGGAAUGAGCUACAAAGACAUUCUGAAAAGCCUGUCAUUGCAAGGAACCAUUAUUACCGAGAGGCAUUUACUGAGAGGCAGGCACAGGUACAACAAUAACAACACCACUCGAUUUGCUUACCCAGGUGUCCAGGAAUGAUAAUAUUAUUAAUUAGUAUUUCGUGUGCACAUUAUAGCUAUUUCGUGGGCACAAUAUAUUUAAUUUUUUUUCCCAUGUCAUGUCCGAGGCUCCGUACAACCGAUACACUCAGCAGCUACAACGAGAGUAGUUCUUCUUCUUCUUCUUCUACGGUUGAAAGUAGGAGGACACAGUACCAAACUUCACCUAAAGGAAGGAGCAGUGCCAACAAUACGUAUAUUACAAUUUUUACAAACCGUAAAACGUUUUUUACGGUUUACGUAAAAAAGUCUUUGUGAGCUUGUUUUGUCGUUUAGCAUUAGCGAUAGCCGGCUACAGGCUAAGCUACACACUCAUUUGCAUGUAUGUGUGUUUAUCAUCUCAGUAACCACAACGUUAUCCAAGCUACAGGCGUCCUGCAACAGUCUUUGCGAUGAUGGUGGUUCACUUGUCACAGGGUCUUCUGAAUCUGGGUGAGGGAUUACGGCGAGGGGUCGUGACGACGGCGUUACUCAAUGUUUUGAUAAUUGCUAGCGGUGCAUCCACCUUUCCAGAGGGGGAGCUGCGGGUCUGAGAGCUGAUGUGCCAAUUACGUCACUUCCAGGUGAUGGAUGCUAACAAAAAUGCCUACACCUCCGUCAUCAACGACCUUCAUCCUCCAAUUAUCACUCGCUACAUCCGUCUGAUCCCCGUCACCAAGCUGUCGACCACCGUCUGCAUGAGAGUGGAGCUGUACGGAUGUCCAUGGGAUGAUGGUCUGAUCUCCUACAGUGCUCCAGAGGGUCAGCUUAUGAUGCCGCCUGGUUAUCCAAGUGCUAGCCUCAAUGACUCCACGUAUGACGGAGCACACGAGCGAAGGAGGCUGUUUGGUGGACUGGGUCAGCUGACAGAUGGCGUAAUUGGCCUGGACAACUUUCUACUGACGCGCCAGUACAACGUAUGGCCAGGCUACGACUACCUGGGCUGGAGGAACGACUCACUGGGAACUCAGGGAUACGUCGAGAUGGAAUUUGUGUUUGACCGACAGCGGAACUUCACAUCCAUGAAAGUUCACAGCAAUAACAUGUUCUCCCGUGGUGUCAAGAUCUUCUCCUCCGUGUCUUGUUGGUUUAAGCCCCGUCUCAUUGCUGGCUGGGAGGUAGAGCCUGUGGUGUUCAAGACAGUGCUGGACGACAGGAACCCGAGUGCCCGUUAUGUCACUGUGCCUCUGAACCGCCACACCGCCAAGUCUCUGCGCUGCCGCUUUUACUUUGCUGAUGUUUGGAUGAUGUUCAGUGAGAUCUCCUUUCAGUCAGUAUUUUGUCCUUCAGAGGACACCAUACUCCCGACCCAAAUGACCCUGGUGGUGACUACCCCUCUGGCCAGUCAGGAGAGCACUGUGACACCAAUACCAGAGACAGCAGCUAAUCCAUCUGCCAGUGUUCCUCCAGAAGGGAACACAGCCAUUCUGAUUGGCUGCCUGGUUACCAUCAUCCUGCUGUUAGUCAUCGUCAUCUUCCUCAUCCUGUGGUGUCAGUACGUCUGUAAGGUGCUGGAGAAGGCUCCACGUCGCAUCCAUGAUGAGGAAAUGACAGUUCGUCUGUCAUCCUGUAGUGACACCAUCAUCCUGCAGACCCCCCCUGUGCCCCCCCGCUCUGGACACGGCCCUUCAGGCCCUGCCAACACUGACCCUCACUAUGAGAGGGUUUUCCUGCUGGACCCACAGUACCAGAACCCAGCGAUGCUGAGAAACAAGCUGCCAGAGCUGUCACAGAGUGCAGAGGCUUCAGCAUGUGGAGGAGGUUACGCUGAGCCUGAUGUCACUCAGUGCACCCCACACCAGUGUUUCCAUAACAGCGCGCCCCACUAUGCAGAGACAGACAUUGUGCGUCUCCAGGGUGUCACCGGCAGCAACAUGUACGCUGUCCCCGCCCUCACUGUGGACUCUCUCACCAGGAAGGACAUCUCUGCUGCUGAGUUCCCACGGCAGCAGCUGAUAUUCAGGGAAAAGCUGGGGGAGGGGCAGUUUGGAGAGGUCCACCUGUGUGAGGCCGAGGGUCUCCUAGAAUUCCUGGGGGAGGGGUCUCCCCUCCCUGACAGAGAAGGCCAUUCUGUGCUUGUAGCUGUAAAACAGCUGAGGGCCGACGCCACCAGCCAAGCCAGGAAUGACUUCCUGAAGGAAAUUAAGAUCAUGUCUCGCCUGAACGACCCAAACAUCAUUCGACUGCUCUGUGUGUGCGUGUCAUCUGACCCGCUGUGCAUGGUCACCGAAUACAUGGAGAACGGAGAUCUCAACAUGUUUCUGUCACAGCGGGAGAUCGAGAGUACGCUGACACAUGCCAACAACAUCCCUUCAGUCAGUCUGUCCAACCUCCUCCACAUGUCAGUGCAGAUCGCAUCAGGGAUGAAGUACCUGGCGUCUCUGAACUUUGUGCACCGGGACCUGGCCACUAGGAACUGCCUGCUGGACCGACGCCUCACCAUCAAGAUUGCUGACUUUGGGAUGAGUCGAAACCUAUAUAGCAGCGACUACUAUCGCAUCCAGGGCCGGGCGGUGCUUCCCAUACGAUGGAUGGCCUGGGAAAGCAUCCUGCUGGGUAAGUUCACCACAGCCAGUGACGUGUGGGCAUUUGGCGUAACCCUGUGGGAGAUCUUCACUCUGUGUAAGGAGCAGCCCUACAGCUUGCUAUCUGACGAACAAGUCAUAGAGAACUCUGGGGAGUUCUUCAGGAACCAGGGCAGACAGAUUUUUCUUUAUGCCCCUCCUCUCUGCCCACCAUCUCUCUUCGAGCUAAUGAUGUGUUGUUGGAGUCGAGAUAUCCCCAACCGACCCUCCUUUGAGGGACUUUUUCAAGCCUUGAGGCCCCACGUUAAUCAGUGAGCUGGGGUCGCUGGGAUGUACCAUUCUGAUACUAUUUGUUGGUAACACAUUUGUUCAUCUCUGGAAAGGCAAUAGAUUGACAUGAGAAGCCGAUGGUCUUGUAUUGUGUUCCAAGAGCAGGUCAUUGUGAGAGGAAAUUAGGAAACUGGCAGAGACUGUGGUCAGAUGGUUCGUUUGCUUUGUGGAAAUUAUAGCACACUAUGAGAUGGGAAUAGAAAAUGGCUUGAAACAUUUCAUGUGGCCAGAACCUUUCAGUCAUAGUGAACAAAGACUUCUCAAUGCCAGUUUCUUAGUUUCUUAGUUUCAUCCAUCUUUGUAAAUCCUCUUUGACCAAAAUGUUCCUUCUGACUCACUUCUUUUUUAUGCAGUGGUGUCAAAGCUAUCAUCAUCUUUAUUUCCCUCUUGUAAAGCACUGUGUCUGUGUCUCAAUUAUUCUUGUUCAUAUAUUAACCCACACUGGAGAUAGGGUUAGGGUGAAAUUGUAGGGUAGGAUUUUAUUUUUAGGAUUUUUAGUCAAUUUAAUUUUUUUCUUGGUUAAUUGUAUUUCAUUUGUUUGAUCUUUCUUGUUGAUAAAUGUUGUUCAGAGGGGGUUCUGCCAAAAGGCUGUGUUGAAACCUCUCUGUUUAUUUGGAAAAGAAUAAUAAUUGGAGCCAAAUAAUCAAAUUAUAAGAAAACACCAGCUGUGCCUUUUUUGUUGCCAAAGACAGGAAGAAGAAGGAACAACAACACAUUGGUGUAUUCUUUUCUUCCAGGUGACUUACUGUUGUCUACCAGUGAGAAACGAAGUAAUGUUAGCAGCUCAAAUACUGAAAGUGGUGAUUGUACCCAACCUAAAGUAUAGUACAGAGAUUUUAUAAAAUCAUGUUAACAACUUAUCUUUGUGUCCAACUAUGGGUUCCAAACAAGGAAACGUAACAUUUGUUUUGAACAUAUCACUAAUAGUGACCCUAUUCCUGAUGUAACAUUAGCUCCUUGACGUACAACAAAAACGUGCAAGUUGUCCAUCAAUCAAAUGAGUUCAAGAUCAGUUCAACAUCACACUUUAUUAUUUACCUGGCCGUUUCAUGUCACUGAUUCAGAGACCUACUGAACCUCCUCCUCAGAACAUACACUCUAAAGAGCCUGGACCUUGUCGUCUGUCCACUUAGGUCAUAGGUCCUUUUCUUUUGCUCCAUAUUUUUGAAAUGAAUAUGUUCUUCUUUCUUCGUCUUCUUUUAAGGGUCUUGUUGAAAGGUGGGUUACAGCUGCACUGGCUUAAAUGGCUGCAAAAUGUGUUCCACCAAUCAGCGUCCCUCAGCAAACAGCCCCACCCUUGUAGAGUUCCUGUAACGUCGUGAGUACGUAGGCUUCUUUGGGUGAAAAUUUGGGGUCGAGGAAAAGUUUUUCAAAAUCCCUGGUAAAUGAGAAAAGUUCCUGCGGUAGAAAAGGGGCGAUUCUCUCAAUGAUUGGACCAGCUUCCUUCUACCGUGUGUCCGCCCACUAUGUUCCUUAUUAAAACAUAAUUAAGGAGGCAGUUUAGUUUGGUGGGAAUAAGAAAUACGUUUGUUGAAUUACAAUCUUUUCUGACGUGACCAUCAGAACCAAGGUCCAAACUAAGUUUCAUACAGUAUCUUUGUAACUCUGGGUUAUGGUUAUACAUUAGAUCCAAUGAAGCUACUGUGUUAACAAAUCACUGCUGCACAUUUUCUUUUCUUCAAGGACAUUUAAGAAAAGGUAGAUUCUAUUUUUAAUGAGCAGUAGUUGUCAACAAGCCAUUCUUGAAAUCUGCAAUAAACAGAUUUUUACUGCAUAGCAUUUGAAAAAGUCUUGUGGAACAAAAUAAAUAUAGAGCUGUGGACUUUACAGUUGUCACCUCUUGCAGACUUUGAUCAAUCUGUGGAAAGGCAAAUGUAGAAAAAGAGAUGAUCAUGAUGAUGUGUGUUCCAUACAUGUAUACAUGAGAGAUUUGUUUUCAACUAAGUACAUUUAACAACGUUUUUGCAAAUGUUGAUCAAAAACAGGAAACACUGAGGCUUAUUUGAUGUGUUCUUCCAUCCACAGUAUUUUCACAGUUAAACAUCAGAGACAUUAGUUGCUGACACUUGUGAGACAGAAGUGUAGUACAAACAGAGAUGAUAGAAAAGUGUUAACCAGCUCUUCAUGUUAUCAAGCCAUCAGUUUACCACGUUUGCAGCAUUAUGUUAUUUUCCCACUUUCACUAAGUAUUUGAUUAAUUGAACGUUGUGAUAUAAAUGCUGAAAUUGAAUUUGUAAAAUGGCUCAAACCAAAAUCACAUUGACAGGAAACAAUAGGAAGACAUAUGUAAAGUUUGUAAGUGUAUAGUGUUUUGUUAUCUGUACUGUAUCUUAACACUUGUAUUGGUGUGUGUGUGUGUGUGUGUUCAUGUGAACAUUAGUUUUGAGAAUGACAAUUUUUGACAUUCCUUUGAACUGGGGGAGCUAAUUGAGAUAAAGUAGUUCACCACUAAACCACUAAACUCAAUUUCCCAGAGUUCUUUGCUGCAGUGAGCCUGUGUUUUGUUGUGGUUGCUUUAGAGAGAUAGACGUGACUGUUAGUAUGAUAGUGUACAGUGUAUGUGAUCUAUAAUAUCUGAGUGUGUGAAUGCAGAUUAGGUGUGAUGAAUGUUAUUCAACGUUAUCUAUCAGAAUUUAUUGUAGCUAGUUCUCUGAUUAGUUCAUUCCGGAAAGGUGGUUGGUGUUUUUCUUCUUCUUCUUUUUCAACAGGAAUUCAGUAGUUUAAAAUAUUUCCAGCACAGAUGUUUGAUCCUCAGUCUUCAGUAUUGUUUCAGACAUAUUGUACAUAUUCUAGUAGCUGUGUAUAUUAAUAUAUUGGGAGUUAGGCACUCAGUGUUCUGUCGCCCCAAGUCAAUUUCACUCUGUACCCCCUGAUGUCUUGGUUUGUUUUUCUUAUAAUAAACAUUAAAAUUUGUCAAACAGAA